CCGCCAUCUAUUGGAGACGUUUGGAAACUGCACCCAAACUUUGGCCUAUCUGUAUUUGGACGUGAACAAUCCCUAUUUUGCACUAUUUACUCCGAAGGACAGAGCUUUUGAAAUGGGCACUCUGAAAAUCCAACAUCACAAAAUCAUGGAUUCAGUGGAAAUCAGAGUCUCCUCGCACAAUCACGAGCACCGAUGAGUCCUCUAAUGAAUCCAACAGGACAGACCAAACUUACGGCUAUGUGGCCUGUGUGUUUUCAAUGCUGUUGUAUGGAAGUAAUUUUGUUCCUGUUAAAACGAUAGAUGCUGGAGAUGGAAUGUUUUUCCAGUGGGUAUGCUGCUCGGCUAUAUGGUUUGUUGGGCUGGUUGUUGACAUGUUGUUUCACCCAUCAAGAGCCCAUCCAGCAGCCAUGCUCGGUGGAGCAAUUUGGGCCACUGGAAAUAUAACAGCUGUCCCAGUUGUGAAGUUUAUUGGCCUUGGACUUGGAAUUUUGCUUUGGGGAUCCAGUGGUUUGCUAAUGGGAUGGGCAAGCUCAAGGUAUGGCUGGUUUGGGUUGCAUCCAGAGGAAAUAUCCAAACCGAUACUUAAUUAUUGUGGAGCUGGCCUUUGUUUGCUCAGUGCCAUCAUAUUUUUCUUUGUGAAAAGUGAUGUUCAGAAACGUUCAUCUACUGAAACCAUGCCUUUGUUGAUUGAUGACAGGAGGUUUAAUCCUGACAGCACAAGCACCAAUGAUUCAUGGGUGGACACGAUUUCACCAAGGAGUAAGAGAGUGUUUGGCUGCAUCUUGGCCGUAUUUUCAGGUGUCCUUUAUGGCUGUUCUUUCGUGCCUGUUUUCUAUAUUAAAGUCCAUGCCAAAACCAAUUCCAGUAUGUUCACUGGUUCCAGUCAAAAUGAAAUUGACUACUGCUUUGCCCAUUACAGUGGAAUUUUCCUCACGAGCACGGUUUAUUUUCUUGCUUACUGUGCAGCCAUGAGGAACCGGCCUCGGAUCUACCCCAGAGCCAUCUUGCCUGGUUUCUUAAGUGGUUUGAUGUGGGGACUGGCCACAUAUGCCUGGCUUAUAGCAAAUUACUACCUUGGUGCUGUGAUCACAUUCCCUAUAAUUAAUGCUGGUUAUGGUUUAGUAGCUGCUCUCUGGGGGAGUGUGGUAUUUAAAGAGGUCAAAGUAGGGUAUCGGGAACUUGCUGAUGUUUGCUUUUGCAUCUCUUGCUGUCGUGGCUGGCUCCUGCUUAACCGCGUAUUCAAAGAUUUGAGUCUGUACAUUAUAUUACCACAAGGUGGCGAUGGCGGAAUAAGUUUUGAACAAAAAAUCAUCCCAGAUUUGCAACCCCUAAUAGUUUUAUCAUCUGACAUAUUGUUUCCCCAGCUGCUAAUAGACCUUUAUCUAAAUGUAAUUGCUGUCAAAAUGUGUUGUGUAAUGUCACACGUUUAUUUAUUUGAAUUAAAACAAAUUCAUCCUCUUGGAGAGCACAAUACGGCAUUACAUUUACUGCUAUAUUUAUACUUCACUGUAAAUUGAUUUCACUUAUAAAUGCAUUUGUCAAAACAACGUUUGUUUACAUACAGCUUCUUCCUGGCAACACGAGCUAUUGUUGUUUGUUUCCUGGCAGACCUAAUGGUUAAUGAUCUUCUUUCCUGUUUUCCAUGCACAUUUAAGACUUUGUACUCUUGUCCUGCAAUAUUGUAUUAAAAAUUUGUGAUAUUC